AUGCCAAGAAAGGCCACUUUACUUAAAUCUCUGGCAAGAGGACGAGUACGCACUUCUUUCAAUAAGUAUAACUUAUUCAACUUAUACAAGAAAGGUGGCGUAGACUUAAGGUCUAAAUCUUUGUAUCAACAAAAAUGGACAGCAAAGCAGGAAACUCGAGCCUAUCACGGUGAACAUUUGACGGAAAAGAGAUGGCAGAACGCCUUUAAACCUAAGUUAGAUUCAGUUGCUCAAUUGGAUGCUUCAUUGCGUGGGGGUGAAAUUAAGGAAACCCCAUUCUUAUUGCAGACAUUUGCAGUGCUGGAAAAGAGACUUGAUUUUGCCCUAUUCAGAGCCAUGUUCGCUUCAUCAGUGAGGCAAGCUCGUCAAUUCAUUCUACAUGGUAAUGUACGUGUAAAUGGUAUAAAAAUUAAACAUCCAAGUUAUACUCUAAAGCCUGGUGACAUUUUUAGUGUUAAACCGGACAAAGUACUAGAGGCACUAGGGGCUAAAAAACCAAGUUUCGAGGAAGCGCUGAAGAUUGAUAACACUCAAAUUAUUUUAUGGAAUAAGUAUGUCAAGGAAGCAAAGACAGACUCAAAGGAAGUUUGGGGAAAAAAGCUGGAAAAGUUUAAAAACAUGUCAGACUCUAACCCAAAGAAACUUCAAUUCCAAGAAUUUUUGAAGCAGUAUAAUAAGAAUCUGGAAUCGCAGCAAUACGAUGCAUUGAAGGAGUGCACGCAGGAAGGUAUAUUAACCAAGUUACUCACUGUUGAGAAACAAAUAGGUAAGCUGAAUGGCGAACCGUUGUCGAUAGAUGAAUUCAAGAAGGGUCUUCCCGAUGUCCAAGACCCUCAGUUAUUACAAAGUGUAUAUAGCGCUUACCAAGAGUUUUUCAAAUCGGGCGAAAUGAAGAGAGAAAACCUUUCCAAAUGCAAGCCUGAGGAGCUAACUUCACUGGCAGCAGGCAUGUUAAAUCCUAGUGAAGCUACAAAAAGAGAGUUAUCUGAUGGAGCCAAAUCUUCGAUAAGAUCAGGUAAGAAGAUUUUAUCGGAAUGUGACAAACUGUGGACCAAAAAUAUAGCAACUUAUUUUAAGGGUAGGAUGAGUGAUGUCUCGAAUGGUCUGAUCACCUUUGACCCUAAAUGGGCCAUAAACUUGAAAUACCAUGAUCCUAUCAAGAUUUCUGAACUAGAGGGCGAUGAACAAAAAGCACGUGGAUUGGUGAAUUUGCCAUGGCAAAGAAAUUAUGUUUAUGGUAGACAAGAGCCGAAAAAGCCAUUUUUCACUCCAUGGAAGCCAAGACCAUUUUUGUCGCCUUUUGCCAUUCUACCACAUCAUUUGGAAAUAUCCUUCAAGACAUGUCACGCCGUAUACUUGAGAGAUCCUGUUGCUCGACCUGGCCAAUCCGAAGUAAUUUCACCUUUUGAUGUCCCUGUCCAUGAGCGUACAUACAUGUAUUACCUGAGAAAUGGCAAAUGA